GGAUUCAUGACGCAUGAGCAAACCCGUCAGAUCACCGUUUCAAGUGGCGGUCCUGUUCGUGACGGCGGCCCUUCAGACCAGCAGCCGACGAGUGUCCUCGUUCUCCAGCCCUCUCUCCCUUCCCAACAACCUCCACAGGCCGUCGGGUGCGAUGCAAUCUCAUCGGCACAGCUACACGGUACGCGGCGUGCGCGAUAGAGCCAGUAGCCGCCUCUCGUCCUAUCCUGUGCCCGUCCUCUGCUCUUUUUUCCCUGUCUACUGAUGUGCAGGUCUUGAGAGGUCUGGGAGGGGACGAUUUCCCAUCGCUCAAGCUUCUCACCUACCAGCAGAAGCUUUACAAGUGCUUUGCCGAUCCAGAGCUCAGGGAUGGACAGAUCCGCUGUGCCCUUCUCGCGGGUUACCUUCCCGCCUUCACUGACGGCCUCACACCUCCGUCUGGAGUCCACCGAUUGAAUGGGCUAUUCCAAGGCGAAAGAGACUGGCUGUACCUUCCCGUGGCUCUCGAAGGUAAUCACUCUGCCUGGCGACUACUUGCGGAUUCGUAUUUAUGGAGAACUACCUACUGCACGAGCCCAAAGAAGACGGCAAGCACAUUCUUAUAGUCUUCGGACUGACGAUUGAGG